AUGAGACAUGAGCGUAGAAGUGGUCUUCGGAUCGGGCUGACUGGCACCGAUAGACUUGGCACUGUGACACCUGCGGCCAACCGUCGCGUGGAGAUAUGCCACUUUUCUCGCCACGGAUGCAAGCUGGACGCAGCACAUCCUCGUGCUAAGGAGAUCCUGAAAACUGAAACGGCAGUUGAAUUGUCCUCAUCCAGCAGCAAUGACUACCCGUCAUCCAGCAGCAAUGACUACCCGUCAUCCAGCAGCAGUGACUACCCGUCAUCCGGCAGCAGUGACUACCCGUCAUCCAGCAGCAGUGACUACCCGCCAUCCAGCAGCAGUGACUACCCGUCAUCCAGCAGCAGUGACUACCCGUCAUCCAGCAGCAGUGACUACCCGCCAUCCAGCAGCAGUGACUACCCGCCAUCCAGCAGCAGUGACUACCCGUCAUCCAGCAGCAGUGACUACCCGUCAUCCAGCAGCAGUGACUACCCGUCAUCCAGCAGCAGUGACUACCCGUCAUCCAGCAGCAGUGACUACCCGUCAUCCAGCAGCAAUGACUACCCGUCAUCCAGCAGCAAUGACUACCCGUCAUCCAGCAGCAGUGACUACCCGUCAUCCGGCAGCAGUGACUACCCGCCAUCCAGCAGCAGUGACUACCCGUCAUCCAGCAGCAGUGACUACCCGUCAUCCAGCAGCAGUGACUACCCGUCAUCCAGCAGCAGUGACUACCCGUCAUCCAGCAGCAGUGACUACCCGUCAUCCAGCAGCAGUGACUACCCGUCAUCCAGCAGCAGUGACUACCCGUCAUCCGGCAGCAGUGACUACCCGUCAUCCAGCAGCAGUGACUACCCGUCAUCCAGCAGCAGUGACUACCCGUCAUCCAGCAGCAGUGACUACCCGUCAUCCGGCAGCAGUGACUACCCGUCAUCCGGCAGCAGUGACUACCCGUCAUCCGGCAGCAGUGACUACCCGUCAUCCGGCAGCAGUGACUACCCGUCAUCCGGCAGCAGUGACUACCCGUCAUCCAGCAGCAGUGACUACACGUCAUCCGGCAGCAGUGACUACCCGUCAUCCGGCAGCAGUGACUACCCGUCAUCCGGCAGCAGUGACUACCCGUCAUCCAGCAGCAGUGACUACCCGUCAUCCAGCAGCAGUGACUACCCGUCAUCCAGCAGCAGUGACUACCCGUCAUCCGGCAGCAGUGACUACCCGUCAUCCGGCAGCAGUGACUACCCGUCAUCCGGCAGCAGUGACUACCCGUCAUCCGGCAGCAGUGACUACCCGUCAUCCGGCAGCAGUGACUACCCGUCAUCCGGCAGCAGUGACUACCCGUCAUCCGGCAGCAGUGACUACCCGUCAUCCGGCAGCAGUGACUACCCGUCAUCCGGCAGCAGUGACUACCCGUCAUCCAGCAGCAGUGACUACCCGUCAUCCAGCAGCAGUGACUACCCGUCAUCCCAGCAGCAGUGACUGACUACACGUCCAGCAGCAGUGACUACACGCUAUCCAGCAGCAGUUACUGGACGUGGUGCUAUGCCAGGUGCUAUGCCAGGUGUUAUGCCUUGUUGCUAUGCCUGGCUUUCUCCCAGAUGCAUCUGUAGAUUACCUUGUACCUUUAUCAUAAUGAUGAUAUUACUAUUAGUAGGUACUCUUCUUUA